UUUUAUGAAAAAAAAAAGACUGAAGUUGCUCAGAGGAAGUAAAAAAAGAGAAGUUGAAGCUGUAACUCUCUAUUUAGAGUGUUUGAGAGUAAAGGAUGUGAGAACGAGAGAGAGCACGAAGCGAGAUCCGUCACUUCAGAAGGAUUAAAAUGUCUUUAUCUGUGAUACUGAUGCUUCUGUUUACAGCUGUAACUGGAGAUGAUACCGCCUCCCUCACAGUCAGACUUGGACAUGAUGUCACUUUGCCAUGUGGAAAUGUGAUUAAAGAUCAGCAGAAAUGUGACAGUACUUCUUGGCUUUUCAGUCGUGAUAGUGGGAGCACAGCAGUAGAGCUGGUUACACUCGGGAAUAUAAAUAAAAAUGAGAAAGCUAAAGCUGAGAGGCUAAAUGUUGCAGAGGAUUGUUCUCUGGUUAUUAAAAGUGUCACACGUGAAGAUGUUGGUCGUUACACCUGCAGACAGUACAGAUCAGGAGAACAAGUUCCAGAAGCUCGAGUGUUGCUGAAUGUUAUUGACAUUGAAUUGGAUGAAGCCUUCAGGUUUUACUGCUCUGUGUUCAGAUAUGGAGACUGUGCCCACACAGUGCAGUGGUAUUAUAAGGGUGAUGAGACAGAUAUAUCAGAACACCAACAGUUAACCUGUACAGCCGUUGUGAUAUUUACAACUCCUCAUGUUGUUCAGAAGUCAAACAUUGAGGAGUUGCUGUAUUGUAACGUGACAGACAAUAAGAGUGGACACACACAGCUGUGUAAUUCCAUCUCUGAGUCCCCAUGUGAGAAAACAGGUACAGAAAAAGAAAAGUCUUCAACAAAAAAAGAUGAACAGAAAGACGAUGACCCUGACACAAAACCAGAUUGGUUGUCAUAUGUGAUUGUGGCCGCUGGUUUAGCAGCCUUCUUAAUCAUCUUAAUAGUUGUCGUGGCAUUCAUCGGACGGAAGAGAACUAAAGGGAACAAAACACAGAGGGACAAAAACAUUGGACAGAGUUUGAACCCUGCAGUGACUCAGCAGGGUCCAGAGACCAGUCAAGAAGAGGCGGAGCAUGAAGAUGUUGUUGCCUACGCCUCCAUCAGCUACACCAAGAAGGGCAACAGUAGAGCUCAGGCUGAUGGAGAUGCUGAAGGUGAAGGUGUGACGUACAGCACUGUGAGAGUCCCCUCCUCUGACACUGAAGCCUCUGUUGACCCCAGCAGCCUGUACGCCACCGUCAACAAACCAAACAAGAGAGAGACAACAGGAUAGUUACAGCUCAUGUCACUAAUCUUGAUAGACCAAUGAAUGUGACUCCUCCCCCUGCAGCUCUUACAUGUAUCUUUAAUUUAAUCAUCAUUACUCUCUCGUUGUGUUUUGUGCAUUUUGUGUAUACUUUCUCAGAGUUAUUGCAGAGUUUCUACACACAUAUGAACAUCAAAUAGAUGUGUGAA